UCCCCGCCGCCGAAUCCCGGGCGAACAUGGCGGCCCCCGCGGCGGGGCCGGCGCUAAUUCCCGACCCUGCGUCCCCAGAGGGCCAGGAGGAGACGAUUCUCUAUGACUUGUUAGUCAACACCGAGUGGCCCCCGGAGACGGAAGUACAGCUUAGAGGCAACCGAAGACAUGGUGCAUCCUUUAUCAUCACAAAAGCAAUUAGAGAUCGGUUAUUGUUUUUACGCCAAUACAUCUGGUACAGCCCUGCACCUUUUUUGCUCCCUGAUGGACUGGUUCGCUUGGUGAAUAAACAGAUAAAUUGGCAUUUGGUACUUGCAAGCAAUGGGAAGCUUUUGGCUGCUGUUCAAGACCAGUGUGUGGAGAUCAGGUCAGCAAAAGACGAUUUUACAUCUAUUAUUGGGAAAUGUCAAGUUCCGAAAGACCCAAAACCCCAGUGGAGACGGGUCGCGUGGAGCUAUGAUGGUACGCUGCUGGCCUAUGCCGAAAGCACAGGAACUGUGAGGGUGUUUGAUCUCAUGGGAAGUGAACUCUUUGUCAUUACCCCGGCAUCUAGUUUUGCAGGUGAUUUGAGCUAUGCUAUUGCUGGAUUGAUAUUUUUGGAAUAUAAAGCAAGUGCACAGUGGUCGGCAGAACUCUUGGUCAUCAAUUACCGUGGAGAACUUAGAAGUUAUCUUGUAAGUGUUGGAACAAAUCAGAGCUACCAAGAGAGUCACUGUUUCAGCUUCAGUAGUUAUUAUCCUCAUGGAAUCAACACAGCUAUUUACCAUCCAGGCCACAGACUUUUACUAGUUGGUGGAUGUGAAACUGCUGAAGUGGGCAUAUCAAAAGCUUCUAGCUGUGGUCUUUCUGCCUGGAGAGUACUUUCAGGGUCACCUUAUUAUAAGCAGGUUACUAAUGGUGGAGACAGGGUCACUCCGGUACCAAAGACUCUGGGUUUACUGAGGAUGUUAAGUGUCAAGUUUGGCAGUCGUCAGGGACAGGAACAGGAUGGAAUCUUUAAGAUGAGCCUUUCUCCACACGGGACGCUCCUUGCAGCCAUUCACUUCUCGGGGAAGCUGAGCAUCUGGGCCGUUCCCUCUCUGAGACAGCAGGGGGAAUGGGGUCAGGAGGACCAGCCAGGCUAUGAUGAUCUUAAUCCUGAUUGGAGGCUCUCUGUUGAGAAGAGAAGAAAAAUAAAAGAUAAAGAGUCCUUUUACCCACUGGUAGAUGUUAAUUGGUGGGCAGAGAAUGCGGUGACUUUGGCUCGCUGCUCUGGUGCUUUGACUGUUUCAUCUGUGAAAACGUUGAAGAAUUUACUGGGAAAAUCCUGUGAGUGGUUUGAACCAUCGCCUCAAGUCACUGCUACCCACGAGGGAGGAUUUUUAAGUUUGGAGUGUGAGAUUAAGCUUGCCCCCAAACGAUCUCGUUUGGAGACUAGGGCUGGAGAAGAUGAUGAAGGAGAAGAGGAUUCUGAUUCAGAUCAUGACAUAUCUGCCAAGGCUCGCUACUUUGGCUAUAUCAAGCAAGGCCUUUACCUAGUGACAGAAAUGGAGCGAUUUGCACCACCUCGGAAACGCCCGCGAACCAUUACUAAAAACUACCGCCUUGUGAGCUUGCGGUCUACAACCCCGGAGGAACUUUAUCAGAGAAAGAUCGAAAGUGAAGAGUAUGCAGAAGCCUUGUCUCUGGCUCAUACCUAUGGCCUGGAUACUGAUCUGGUAUAUCAGAGGCAGUGGAGGAAGUCAGCGGUCAACAUUGCUUCAAUUCAGAAUUACUUGAGUAAAAUAAAGAAGCGGUCCUGGGUUCUUCAUGAGUGUUUGGAAAGAGUUCCGGAAAAUGUGGAUGCUGCAAAAGAAUUGCUUCAGUAUGGAUUAAAAGGCACAGACCUAGAGGCUCUUUUAGCAAUAGGGAGAGGAGCAGAUGAUGGCAGAUUUGCAUUACCUGAUGAAGUAGACAUUGACAGCAUCUCCUAUGAGGAGAUUUCAUUACCUGAUGGAGAGUCUGCUGGGAAUAAAAAGGAAAAGGAACUUCAGAAGCGGCAAGAAUUACUGAAAUUAGUGAACUUUUCAAAGUUAACACUGGAACAAAAGGAACUUUGCCGUUGUAGACGGAAAUUAUUAACCUAUUUUGAUCGACUUGCAACAUAUGAGGAAAUCCUAGGAGUGCCUCAUGCACUUGAACAGAGAUACGAUGCUGAAUUCUUUAAGACAUUCAGAAAUCAGAAUAUUGUUCUCUCAGCAAGAACUUAUGCUCGGGAAAGUAACGUUCAAGCCCUAGAGAUUCUUUUCACUUACCACGGGUCAGCCUUGCUUCCUCACCGCCUUGCGAUUCUCUCCAACUUCCCAGAGACGACUUCUCCACACGAGUAUUCUGUGUUGCUGCCUGAAGCGUGUUCUCAGGGUGACUCCUUGAUGAUCAUUCCUUGGCAUGAGCAUCAACACCGGGAUAAAGAUUGGUGUGAGGAGUUGGCAUGCAAAAUGGUGGUUGAGCCAAGUCUCCCAGAUGAAAGCGAGUUCCUGUAUGCUGGACAGCCCGAGUUACUCCGGUACAGGACAGCCCAGCUUGCAGUAGAGAUGGUUACAGACUGGUACCAGACCAGAGCCGAAGAAAUAGAGCACUGUGCCCGGCAGGUUGACUGUGCAUUGUCACUUAUUCGGCUUGGAAUGGAGCGGAAUAUUCCUGGUUUGCUGGUUCUGUGUGAUAAUUUGGUUACUCUGGAAACAUUGGUUUAUGAAGCUGGGGGUGACUUGACCCUGACGUUGAAAGAACUCCAGCAGAUGAAAGACAUUGAAAAACUAAGAUUACUGAUGAAUAGUUGUUCUGAGGACAAGUAUGUGACAAGUGCAUAUCAGUGGAUGGUCCCCUUUCUUCACCGUUGUGAGAAGCAAUCUCCUGGUGUGGCUAAUGAACUAUUAAAAGAGUAUUUAGUAACCUUAGCUAAAGGGGACCUAAAAUUUCCACUGAAGAUAUUUCAGCAUUCCAAACCUGAUCUACAGCAGAAAAUUAUUCCUGAUCAAGACCAGUUGAUGGCAAUAGCACUAGAAUGCAUCUACAACUGUGAACGAAAUGACCAGCUCUCUUUUUGUUAUGACAUAUUAGAAUGUCUGCCACAACGAGGAUAUGGUGAUAAGACAAAAUCAACCACGGCUCUUCAUGACAUGGUAGACCAACUUGAACAAAUUCUCAGUGUGUCAGAGCUUUUGGAGAAACAUGGACUUGAGACACCGAUUUCAUUUGUUAAGAACACUCAGUGCAGCUCAGAAGAGGCACGCAAGCUGAUGAUUAGAUUGACCAGGCACACUGGCCGGAAGCAGCCUCCUGUCAGCGAGUCUCAUUGGAGAAUGUUGCUGCAAGACAUGUUAGCUAUGCAGCGGAAUGUUUACACGUGUCUUGAUUCUGAUGCUUGCUAUGAGAUAUUUACGGAAAGCCUUCUGUGCUCCAGCCGCCUUGAAAAUAUCCGCCUAGCUGGGCAGAUGAUGCACUGCAGCGCUUGUUCUGUAAAUCCACCAGCUGGUUUAGCCCAGAAAGGGAAAACCCAGUACAGGGUCAGCUACGAACAAAGUAUUGACUUGGUUUUGGCUGCCGGCAGAGAGUACUUCAAUUCUUCCACCAGCCUCACGGAUAGCUGCAUGGAUCUGGCCAGGUGCUGCUUACAGCUGAUAACAGAUAGACCCUCUGCUAUUCAAGAGGAGCUGGAUCUUAUCCAAGCCCUGGGAUGUCUUGAAGAAUUUGGGGUAAAGAUCUUGCCUUUGCAAGUGAGAUUAUACUCUGAUCGGAUUGGUCUCAUCAAGGAGUGCAUUUCCGAGUCCCCAACAUGCUAUAAACAGUCAACCAAGCUCCUGGGCCUUGCCGAGUUGCUGAGGGUAGCAGGUGAAGACCUGGAAGAAAGACGUGGACAGGUUUUAAUCCUGUUAGUAGAGCAAGCACUACGUUUCUAUGACUACAAAGCAGCCAGUAUGCACUGCCGGGAGCUGAUGGCAGCAGGUUAUUCGAAAAGUUGGGAUGUUUGUAGCCAAUUAGGACAAUCCGAAGGUUAUCAGAACUUGGCCACUCGUCAGGAGCUCAUGGCUUUUGCUUUGACACAUUGUCCUCCUGGCAACAUUGAACCUCUUUUGGCAGCUAGCAGCUCUCUGCAGACACAAAUUCUUUAUCAGAGAGUGAAUUUCCAGAUCCACCCAGAAGUAGGAGAAAACAUCAGUGUCUCACCAUUCAUUAGUAAAGCACUACAAGAGGAUGAAGUAAGUCUUGCAGGCAGGAAUUCAGCUGACUUCUUGCACUGGACCACUGCUGCCACCAUGAAAGUUCUUUCUAACACGACAGCCACCACCAAGGCUGUGCUGCAAACUGUCAGCGACGGGCAGUGGUGGAAGACAUCUUUAAGUUACCUUCGACCCCUUAGAGGGCAAGGAUUUAGUGGUGCUUAUCAAACAGGAAUUGUAGCCAAUGAAGGUCUAGAAAAGCAAGGAUGUCAUCCUUUUUAUGAGUCUGUCAUCUCCAAUCCCUUCAUCACUGAGUCUGAAGUGACCUAUGACCCCUAUCAGCACAUCCCAGUGGAAAGCUUCGCAGAAGUGUUGCUGAGAACGGGGAAACUGGCAGAAAGUAAAACUGAAGGAGAAGAAGUAUUUCCACCGACAGAAGUUCUCUUACAACUAGCAAGUGAUGCUUUACCUAACGACAUGCCCUUGGCUCUCGCUUAUCUCCUUGCCUUACCACAGGUGUUGGAUGCUAACAAGUGCUUUGAAAAGCAGUCCCACUCUGCUUUAUCUCUCCAGCUAGCAGCUUAUUACUAUAGCCUGCAGAUCUAUGCCCAUUUGACACCGUGUUUCAGGGACAAGUGCCAUCCUCUUUACAGGGCUGAUCCAAAAGAGCUAAUCAAGAUGGUCACCAGGCAUGUGACCCAAUAUGGACACGGAGCCUGGCCCGAGGAUGUCAUUUCCCUGACGAGGCAGUUACACUACUACAAUGAGCGCCUCCUGGAUCUCACUCAGGCUCAGGUCCUCCAGGGCCUUCGCAAGGGCGUGGACGUGCAGCGCUUCACCACCGACGAACAGUACAAGAGGGAGACGAUCCUUGGUUUGGCAGAAACCCUGGAGGACACCGUAUAUAGCAUCGCCCUUUCCCUGGCACAGCGGUACAGCGUCCCCUGUUGGGAAGUUUCUGUGACCCACUUGGAGUUCCUGUUCACCGACAGUGGUUUGUCCACAGUAGAAAUUGAAAAUCGGGCCCAAGCCCUUCAUCUUUUUGAGAGUCUGAACACUGAUCCUGAAGCCUUUCACAGGCACAUGGUCAGAUACAUUUACCCCACUAUUGGGGGCUUUGAUCACGAGAGGCUGCUGUAUUAUUUCACUCUUCUGGAAAGCUGUGGCUGUGCAGACUUUGGGAAAUACACUAUUAAGCCAGAAACCCACAUCCGGCUGCUGAAGAAAUUUAAGGUAGUUGCAUCAGGUCUUAAUUACAAAAAGCUGAUAGAUGAAAACCUGAGUCCUCUUGAAGCAUUGGAGCCAGUUCUUUCUAGUCAGAAUAUCUUAUCUGUUUCCAAACUUGUUCCCCAAAUCCCUAAAAAGGAUGGACGGAUGCUUUCCCCGAGCGCUCUGUACACCAUCUGGUUACAGAAGUUGUUCUGGUCUGGAGACCCUCACCUCAUUCAGCAAACCCCAGCAUCUCCUCCGGAGUGGCUCCACGCCUACGAUGUCUGCGUGAAGUACUUCGAUCGACUCCACCCGGCCGACCUCAUCACUGUGGUUGAUGCAAUGACAUUUUCUCCAAAGGCUGUGACCAAGCUGUCUGUGGAAGCACGCAAAGAGAUGACUAGAAAGGCUAUUAAGAGGGUCAAGCAUUUUAUUGAGAAGCCAAGAAAAAGAAAUCUGGAAGAGGAUGUUCAAGAGGUUGGCGAUUCUAAAAUUACCUUUGCAGAUACCUUGACUCACCUGGAAAAAUCGCUCGCCCACCUGGAAACCCUCAGCCAUAGCUUCAUCGUUUCCCUGAAGACUAGUGAGCAGGAACUACUGCAGAAGUACGGUGACCUCUAUGAUCAGUCCCGAUCAGAAAAGGGGAAAAUUCAUGAUCAAGCUGUGGCCAUGUGCCUGGACGGUCAGCCUCUGAGGAUGGUCCAGCAGCUGCUCGAGGUGGCCGUUGGCCCUCUUGACCUCUCGCCCAAGGAGGUGGUGCAGAGCACAGUCGCAAGAAUAAUCUGUGCACUGAGUGGAGGCAGUGCUGACCUUGGUGGGCCGAGGGACCCACUCCAGGUCCUGGAAGGGGUCAUUGCAGCUGUCCAUGCUAGCGUGGACCAGGGCGAGGCGCUGGUUUCCCCCGAGGACCUGCUGGCCUGGCUGCGGCCCUUCUGCGCUGACGCUGCCCUGCCUGCGAGGCCGCGUGUCCGCGUGCUGCAGAUGGCGGAGCAGCUCUUCCACCUGACCGCGGAGGACAGCAGGCUCCUGGUGCUCUCCAGAACCGAGGCCAUCCUGCAGGCCGCCUGGCCCCACCGGCAGGUAAAUAUAACUGACACUGACAGUGAAGAGAACCGCCUCGCUCUCUUUCUGGAACUCCUGGACUCCAGUCACCAUGAGGCUGAAUUUCAGCACUUGGUUUUGCUCUUGCAAGCCUGGCCGCCGAUGAGAAGUGAGUCGGUAAGCAACAUAAGCAAUAAUCCGUGGUUGCAGCUAACUACAGCAAUGUUAACCAGAUGCACAAUGGAGAACAAGCAAGGUCUGGGAGAGGAAGUUUUGAAAAUCUGUCGCUCUUUAUAUAGCACGAAGCAGAUGCUCCCUGCAGAGUGUGUGAAGGAGCUCUGCUCGCUGCUGCUCAGCCGCUCUCUCCUGCUGCCCUCCCUGAAGCUUCUCCUGGAGAGCCGAGAUGCGGGCCUGCGCGCUGUGGCCCUGGAGCAGAUCACAGGGGUUGCUGAGGUGGAUGAUUCAAAUUGUGACCAAGAACUCCUUUCCCUUCUCCUGGAUGCCAAACUGUUGGUGCAGUGUCUCUCCACUCCCUACUAUCCCCGUGUCGUGGACCACCUCUUGGCCAACCUCCAGCAGGGGCGCUGGGAUGCCGACACACUGGCCAAGCACCUGCGAGAGGCCGGCCACGCCGCCGAAGCCGGCUCCCUGCUGCUGGCCGCACGGGGCACUCACCGGGCCCUGCGGACUUUCCGCUGCGCCCUCCACGCAGGGCAGCACUGGGUGUGAGCCGGCCUCGGGAGCCCUGGUGGGAGAGUCUCCAGGGCAGGCGGCUGCCGGAAGCCACAGGUGUAUCUGCUGAUUGUUCUCCGUGCUCCCAACAAAUUGCAAAUAAAACUGGAUAUAAAUGACAAGCAA